CUCAAGUUUAAGCGUGAUAAAAACGAUCCAACGUACCGUGUUGUGCAGCUUGGAAGAUCUUUCGGCCGGCUGGUUACCCUUUGGCUGAAGGCAGAACCGUUAGUUUCAAUAACUUAAAAUGGGCAGCAAAAGAAAAACCAUGGAAGACGAAAUGUCACGCUUUGAAGCGGAGAUUUCGAGUUCCUCCGUCACUUAUCCUGUACCGGCUGCCGCACCGAUGCCUGCUAGUAACCCGUUCAUACCAUCCCAGGUACGCACGGUGAUCGGUUCGCAAACAUACAACCAAGUGCAGCAAAAAUUGGCCCAAGUACCACCACGGAUGCCACCGCCGCCGAUGCCGCCGUAUAUGCCCUCGUACAGUGCGCCUCCACAACCAUUGAUACCACCAAAGUCGUAUUCCAGUGAGCCUACACCGGUCAUUGUCAGCAGCGCACCGAAGCUGUACACGGCUCGUCCAACUGUCGGCAUUGCUUCGAAACCGGAACCAUCCGCUGGACCCUCUACAAGUUCCGCUCCUACAGUACAAUCGUACGAUAUCGCCAACAUUCAGUAUGAAGUGUCUAACAAAAUGAAGAAGCCCAAGACCGAAAAGUCGGGCCCAAAUCCAAUUGCCGAGGAGGCUAUUAAAGCGGCCCGAGCAUCGUCAGCCCUGCAAUCUUUUGGAAAUAGCGAACGUCGAGGGAAAAAGGAUAAAAAGCAAACGGUACGCGUCGCUGGCGGUCAGACGUGGGAAGAUAUGUCACUAUCCGACUGGCCGGAGGACGACUUCCGCAUCUUCUGCGGCGAUCUCGGCAACGACGUCAACGAUGAGCUGCUGACGCGAACGUUCAACAAGUAUCCCUCCUUCCAGCGUGCCAAAGUGAUCCGGGACAAGCGGACGAGCAAGAGUAAAGGGUACGGUUUCGUGAGCUUCAAGGACCCGCAGGACUUUAUUCGCGCGAUGAAAGAAAUGGACGGACGGUACGUCGGCAGCCGACCAAUCAAGCUACGCAAAAGCACGUGGAAAAACCGCAGCAUCGAGGUUGUCCGCAAAAAGGACAAGGAAAAGCAGGCGCUUCUCAGUCUAUUCAAUCAGAGCUAGUAGUGCGACGAGUUGGCGUGGACGGAGAUUGUUUCGGUGGAAAAUCGCUUCUGAUGUCCUCGUGGCGAAUCGGUGGAAACCUGUCUGUCAUGCACCUUGUGGCGCGUGAUCGUUGAUGCUCCUGGAAUUGCGUCAUUUGGAACCGACUCCGACAAGCAUAGAGGCGGAAGUGGUUAGACAAUGAAUCGCGAAAAUGCUCUACUAUUUUCAAAGAAACCGACAAAGGUUAGCCGAAAAAUACCCGCCAAUUAAACGUUCAAUUCUUAUCGAAA